CAACACGCUCUUUCGGGGAUGAGGUCAUUUUGCAAGUGCUCGUGUUGUGGGCAAGCCCGAGGCGCUGGACUCUAUAAAAGCACAAGAGCGCCGACCCGCAGCCAGUUUGAAUGAACACGGUUUCGCAUUCAGCAGCAGGCUGUCAUUUGCAGUGAGAAGAUGUGUACAGAGCUGGAGUGUGGCAUUUGCUACCGGGGUUUCAACCGAACCCGCCGCUGCCCGAGAAAGCUGGGAUGCAGCCACUCUUUCUGCGAGAGGUGCCUGGCGACUUUAGCCCGUCCUCCCCAACCCGACACGGAGGACGACGAGAACCGGCGGGGUUCGCCGGAGACCGGUCCGGACGUGCAGGCGUGCGUGGUUUGCCCGCUGUGCCGCCGCUGCACCUGGAUCUCCUCGCCUGGAGCAGUCCGGCGGCAGCUGCCCCUGGACGAGUCCGUUCUGGAACGCAUGGAGGCGGGCGGGGUGCAGGACGAGGAGGAGGAGAGCGAUGGGGAGGAAGCAGCGGACUCCGCGGCUGACGGUUCCUCUAGUGCCGGGUCGAACAAACCCAAGUUCUGGAGGGUCGUGAAGCGAUUUUGGAAGAAACACACUAACGGCAACAGCAGACACAGUAAUCAACAGAGAAUCUACUGCACUUCGGAAGAUUUCAGAGAUAUCGCCCUCAUGACGUGUUACUCCAUGAUCUAAACACGCAACCGAAGCCAGGAACACGAAAGCAUAAAUCGACAGCAGCUGUAACGCAACGGGACUCCAGCAACGACUCGCUAACCGGCCGGCCACGACUAGAGAGAACCGUCGGGGCAGAAGAUAGUCAACACUGGGAAGGAAAAAAAAAAUACAAUGACAUUUAUCUAGACUGUUUUAUUUCGCAGUGGGUUCAUUGCGGUUGUUUCUCCUAAGCGUCUUACUGUGACAGAGGCUGGUAAACCUAUCACUUCCAGAACAUAGCGGCUGGAGGUUUGACCUAGUGUUAAAACUUGGUAAUUUCAUUCAAUUUAAACACUUGGAGAUCAGUCGUCCACGUCAGAUCAAGACGUGGGGAAGUAUUUCUGCUGGUGACUCGUAUAUAUCAUAUGUAUUUUUGGCAAGCUGUGCACUUAUGCGUAAUGCAUUUAAUUUCGGAGAGAGUUGCACACUUAAAAGAUUAAGGCACGGAGCCAGUGCUGAAAGAACGCCUCUCCACAUGACAGUAACUGAAGUCAUGUUUAUGUCUGUUAAUUUAUUCUGUAGGGUCAAGUCCUUUGAAUUGUAUAUAUAUAUAUAUCAUUAUAUAAUAAAUAUGAAUGUUUUGAAAAA